UACGAUUUUACCCACUUUAACUUUUUUGUAAAAAAACAUCAUCGUAUGCGCAUUGUCAACUUUCUUGUUCUCCUUCCAUUGUAUUGCUCUAUAAUAAAGGUUUUGUCUCUCAAAAAAGCUUCGAAAAAGAUAGAGCCCGUACUGAGCAAGCUAACUAGAGGUCAGGCUAUUGAGUCUUUGUUACCAAAUAUUGAGAAACGGUUUAUCCAAGGUGUAAAUUGCAGUACAGAUGAUGAUUCAGUUGUUGAUCCUUGCCAUGUAACAUCUAUGCCAAGUAUGGACCAGUUGCAACAAUGGAGAAAAAUAUUUGAGGCAUCAAGUACAAGCAAAGGAGCAUGUAUCAACACAUCACAAAGAAGCCGUCAAUUGAUAAGUGGUACGUUGGUGUGAUUGAACGUGAGUCAAUGACAUGGAUAGGAAGAAGUCCAAGAAAAGACGAACGUGAGAGAGACAGUGAAUGUGGUUUGAGUUUUUGUUUUGUGGAUGACGAGAUAGUGACGUUGCCCUUUUUGCUUCAAACCGAAUCGGAUCUUCGUAGCGUUCUCAAGUUUGGCGAUCAGGUAUGUCUACCAUUUGCAGUUGGAAAAACGAAUGUCCAUCUUACUUUGGCCGUUUAUCAAACAGGUCGAGUUUUCAAAUUUUAA